CCCCAAUUUCCUCCACACUGCCCUUCCACCCACCAGAAUUCCCCUCGAUCCACGACGACACCGAAAUUCCUUCCAUCAUCACACACCGUCCGCCACCAUGUCGCUCACCAAUUGUCGGUACUACGAGGAGAAGUACCCGGAGGUGGACAGCUUUGUCAUGGUCAAUGUCAAGCAGAUCGCCGAGAUGGGUGCUUACGUCAAGCUCCUCGAAUACGAUAACAUCGAUGGCAUGAUCCUGCUCAGCGAGCUGUCCCGGCGGCGUAUCCGAUCCAUCCAGAAGCUCAUCCGCGUGGGCCGCAACGAGGUCGUCGUGGUUCUCCGUGUGGAUCCCGACAAAGGUUAUAUCGAUUUAUCGAAGCGUCGAGUAUCGCCCGAAGACAUCGUGAAAUGCGAGGAACGAUACAACAAAAGCAAGAUGGUUCAUUCCAUCAUGCGCCACGUCGCCGAGAAAACCAACACGCCCAUCGAGGAGCUCUACCAGGGUUUCGGGUGGCCCUUGAACAAGAAAUACGGCCACGCCCUAGACGCCUUUAAGAUCUCCAUCACCAACCCCGACGUCUGGAAAGACGUCACAUUCCCGAGCGACACGGUGCGAAGCGAGCUGGUCGCGUUCAUCGCGAAGCGCCUGACGCCGCAACCGACCAAGGUCCGCGCCGAUGUCGAGGUCACCUGUUUCGGGUAUGAUGGGAUCGACGCGGUCAAGGCGGCGUUGCGAUGCGCCGAGGCGAACAACACCGAGGAGAAUUCGGUCAAGGUGAAGCUGGUGUCGCCGCCGCUCUACGUCCUGACCAGCACGUGCUUGGAUAAGAACGUGGGGAUCGCGAUGUUGGAGAGCUCGAUCAAGGAGAUCGAGAAGAACAUCGUGGCGGCGGGAGGGUCGUGUACCGUGAAGAUGGCACCCAAGGCGGUUACGGAGAACGACGAUGCCGAGUUGGAGGCGCUCAUGGAGAAGAAGGAGAGAGAAAACCAGGAGGUUAGCGGAGAUGAGGACGAGAGCGAUUCAGACGAAGCCAUCCCGGAGUGAGACUCCCAGUCUCCUUGAUGUGUUUUCGUGCGCAGAGGUCUUAGGGGAGCACGGGUCUACCGGUCACAGAGAGGCAGUCCCUGGAAUUGUCCCUAGUGGAAGGCUUCGGGCCGUAGCUACGGGAUCGCAGAGUGAAGACGAUGAAGGCAUCGUGAGUUGCUGUGUUCUCAACAGGGCGUCCAUCUCCUGGACACAGUGACGAAUUCGGAUGCACUCUAAAUGAAUGAAUGUAUUGCAUGGCUACUCUGUUCUCCCAGUCGUACCAACGUAUUUCAGCAAUGCAAAUAUGAAUACCGGUACCUCACUAUUCUCCGAAUCCUAUAGUAUUCCCAUCCGCCAUCUCCUAGGUACCUAUAUGGUAUUCUAUUCAAUACGAUUCGGCACACUUCACGUUCAGGGAGCCACCCCGCAUUUAUUAUGACGAUCGCAUUAGG